AGUAAUCGUCUAAUCUUUAGUUCGCCCGCACCUUUUCCCUUUAGUGUUCUUUUGCCUGUCAACUUUUGAUCUGACGGACGGCCCGUCCGCGACGCUAAGGGAAAGUCAAUGAACCAACAAUAGCUUCCCCAGGAAAACAAGGUCCUUCAUCUCAUCAUCAUCACAGUCAAAGAUGCCAUUCAAAAAGCUUUUACACUCGGUCGCAGCACCAUUCAAGUUUCAGCCAUCGGCCAAUGAAACUGCACAAAUCACUGAUAAAGUAUACUUUGAUAUGCAACAUGGCAAUAAAGACAUAGGUAGAAUCGUGGUAGGAUUGUAUGGAGAAAUUGUACCAAAGACAACACAAAAUUUCAAAGAAUUAGCAACGGGAGAAAAAGGUUUCGGAUAUAAACAAAGCACGUUCCAUCGUGUUAUUGACGAUUUCAUGAUUCAAGGAGGUGAUUUCACAAACGGAGAUGGAACAGGCGGAAAGAGCAUUUAUGGUGAAACAUUUCCCGAUGAAAACUUUACACUUCGUCAUACCGGUGCGGGUAUCUUAUCAAUGGCAAAUGCAGGACCGAACACGAAUGGAAGUCAAUUCUUCAUUUGCACCACUACCACAGAUUGGCUAGACGGCAAGCAUGUCGUUUUUGGAAAGGUGAUCGAAGGUAUGAAUGUGGUGCAGUACAUCGAAAAUGUACCGAAAGGUGGUGAGGAUAGACCUUUGGAAGCUGUUGUGAUCAAAGAAUCCGGCGUAAUUUAAAAUCUCAGCCAAGACUAUACCUAUCGGGAUCGUUUGCAUGCUUGUAUUGCUGAAUGCUAUCGUACCAUAUUACAUUUGAUUGAAGCCGCGACGUGGACUUUCAACAACGAGAAGUCGAGUUGUUGAAGUCGAUCAGCAUUUAUUCAAUUCUAUAUCAUCUUUCAAAUUUUACUUUUGUAUUUCACGUGCUUUACGAUUUGCUAAGAGGACCGGAUUCCAUGUGAUUGAACGACAACGGCUCCUUUGAUCCAGGAAUUUGGUUAGCCAGAGGAAAGCAAGAUAAAUCAUGACCUGCACACUAGAAGAGGAAGAGUAGUGUAAGCCUUUUAUUAAGUUCCAAGCCGGGGGAUUCUGUGGCGCUAAGGAUUGUAAUUUACCAUGUGGAAUUGAGGAAAUGACUUCAUUUAAAACACCAAACAGAC